UGGAUAUAAACUCAUAAAUAAAGAGUCGGUACCCCUUUAUACCCAGCAUCUCGAGUAUGGACCCACUCACGGCAUUUGGGCUCUCGGCAAGCAUCGUACAAUUCAUCGGGUUCGCUUCAGACUUGAUAUCAAAAUCAAAAGAAAUAUACAGUUCGUCAAAGGGCUACACUGGUGAGGUCGAGACACUCGAUACUGUGUACGGACAGCUUCGAAACUUGAGCUCAAGUCUUGAGACGUCUUUCCAAAGGGACCUCUUAAUUGAGGAGGUAAAGGAAAAGGAGAUUGUACAACAUGUCAUGGCAAUCGGCGACUUAGCUAUUACUGGCAAGGAGUCCAUCAACGCCAGCUGGAUAGCCUACGUACAGAGAAUUAUCAAAGAUGCUGCCAAGGAGCAUAUGAUUAUAUCAAGCCUGAGCUUCGAUAGUCGAGCUGCACGACACAGUUCUAUAAAAGAAGCUCACAAGAAGACUUUAAGCUGGGUGUUUGAGGAUACACAAGCGAGAGGUUCUCGAGUGGCAUCCGCCUCCGGUAACUUAAUCCGAUGGCUUAAGAAUCCGGAUGGCAUCUUUUGGGUUUCUGGGAAGCCGGGUUCCGGGAAAUCGACACUUAUGAAAUAUAUAUCUGACCAUCCCACUACUAUUAAGACUUUGUCCCAAUGGGCAUAUCCCGACCCUGUCAUCGUAGGUUGUCACUACUUCUGGAGCGCCGGGAAUUCAAUGCAGAAGUCUUAUCAGGGGUUGCUCCAGACAUUGCUAUAUGAUAUAUUCCGCCAGCUUCCGGACCUUAUCAAGACUGCCUGUAUUGAACGAUGGUCUAAGCCGGCUGAGGCAAUAAACCACGAGCUAUGGACCCUACCAGAGCUUGGUCGAGUUCUUCAACGGAUUAUUAGCCGAAGCGAUCUUGGUGUCAGGUUUUGUUUUUUCGUAGAUGGGCUAGAUGAGUACGAGGGCGAUCAUCUUGACUUUUGCCAAAUGUUGCGGGAGCUCUCCAAGUCACCAUCCGUGAAGUUAUGUGUGUCUAGCCGACCUUGGAAUGUCUUUGAAGAUUCAUUUGGCCGAGACGAAGCUCGCAAGCUUUACAUGCACGACCUCACAAGGCCCGACAUUAGAUCAUAUGUUGAAAGCCGCUUGCAAGACCACCCAAGGUGGGAAGAAGUCGACGCAGAUGCCGAAGAUACCAAUUGGCUAAUCGAAGAAAUCACGGAACGAGCAGCCGGCGUGUUCUUAUGGGUCUUCCUAGUUACGAGGGAAUUGCGGAACGGUCUUACUGAGUAUGAUAGAUUCUUAGAUAUGCGAAGGCGACUUAACAAUAUCCCAUCGGACUUGGAAGUCUUCUUCAAGCAGAUUCUUGAUUCGGUAGAGCCUUUCUAUCAUCAGAAACUAGCAACAACUUUGCGGAUAGCUCUGGUGGCGAGGCAACCUGCCCCAUGCCUCAUCUACAGCUUCCACGAUGACGAAGAAGAGGACCCAGAUUAUGCACUGAAUUUCCCAAUAGAUCCCCUAGGUGCACAAAGGGUUGAAAAUAGGAUGAAAGAAAUAUCUCGUCGUCUUAAUGGAAGGUGUCGUGGUCUUCUGGAAUUCAACCCGAAGAGCGGUUACGUCGAAUUCUUGCACCGGACAGUAAUGGAUUAUCUCCGUACUGAGACCAUAUCUACGUAUCUCGAGUCAAAGUCACCACUCGGAUUCAAUCCCACGCUUUCCCUUUUGAAAGCCUUCGUGGCUUACAUCAAAAGGACCAAGUUCCCCGAGCCUAUCGAUCGCACACAAUUCGCUACUUAUACCCCGUCUAAGCUAAUGUUUACACUGAAAGAAGCUCUUGGGCAUGCGAAGCAGCUUGGGGACAGCGUUGUCGCAUUCGAGCAUAUCGAAGAAUUGGAGAAUUGUAUCCCAGAAAUGCACCGAAAGGGCCAAGCCAAAUUCAAUGUAUGGGGUCAUUCAUCCAACCAAGUUCACUUAUUUUUCCGUGAACCGGCCGUCGAGGCUGGACUAGACGACUACUUUUGCCAUAUUUUAUCAAAAAUUCCAGACUACUUCAUAGACUUCCGAGGGUCAGAUAUGGAACGUGUUGGCUUCCUGGCGUUGUCCUCGGCUCUAAAGCCACGUUGGGAUGAACUCGGAGACUCAUUUCUUUCGCAGCAAGCACGUCGUACGAACGCGAUUCACUACUCUAGAGAGUUGGCUAAAGUGCCAAAAGCAUGGGUAAUUCUCUUAGAGCAUGCUCUGCCGUCGAACCCGACCCCUGGUUCAGAUAGCACCCAGCUUGCGUGGCAUCUUCAAAGCGGAUCGAUUGCUAUGAUGCUGAAGCAAGGAGUAGACCCAAACGCCAAAACUUACCACCGAACAUCUCCAGGAUACACAGUGGCCUGGCUACGAUUCACUGUUGCCUCUUUUAGCAUUUCUCCAGGCUCAUUCCACCAAACCAAAUUUAUUCACGCCUUGAACAGCUUUAUCAAUGCGGGCGCCAACAUGCGAGCUCCUGUGUCAAAUCCUCUGGGUGAAGUAGAAUCAUCACCGGUUCCCGGUCUAGAUGCGUUCUUUAACGUCCUUCUACGAAGAGCAAGCGACCUCGAUCGUUUAAACGCCGAACUCGUCGCUAUAGUUACUGAGACACUUAUGUCUAGAGCAAGAGCUACGGGAAUGAAAAUUGAUAGUUAUUGGUGCAUCCUAGAGAAAGCGUUUCCGGAGGAGAUCGUCUCGCGUAUUAGGAAAGCUUUAGGUAGUCCUGAGACAUAAAAAAAGACUUCCAAUAAUAUCA